UCCUGAAGUGGCGUCACUUCCGGCGUGUGCGUCUGGCGUCCGGCCGUCACAGGAUGGCGGCUCUGAGGAGCUGGCUGUCGCGGAGCGUAGCCUCCCUGUUCAGGUACAGGCAGUGUGUUCCUGUCGUGGCUGACUUUAAGAAGCGCUGCUUCUCAGAAUUGAUAAGACCAUGGCACAAAACUGUGGCAGUUGGACUUGGUGUGACCUUGUGUGCAGUUCCUAUUGCACAGAAAUUGGAGCCUCAUUCUCUUAGUAACGAUGCAUUAAUGAGGAGGGCUGUGUCUUUGGUAACAGAUAGCACCUCUACCUUUCUCUCUCAGACCACAUAUGCAUUGAUUGAAGCAAUCACUGAAUAUACUAAGGCUGUUUAUACCUUAAUUUCUCUGUAUCGACAAUACACAAGUUUACUUGGGAAGAUGAAUUCGCAGGAGGAAGAUGAAGUGUGGCAGGUGAUCAUUGGAGCCAGAGUUGAGAUGACUUCAAAACAACAAGAAUACUUGAAGUUGGAAACGACUUGGCUGACUGCACUUGGUCUUUCGGAGAUGGCAGCAGAAGCUGCAUAUCAAACUGGAGCAGAUCAGGCCUCGAUAACAGCCAGGAAUCAUAUUCAGUUGGUGAAGUCGCAGGUGCAGGAAGUGCGCCAGCUUUCCCAGAAAGCAGAAACCAAGUUGGCAGAAGCACAGACAGAGGAGCUCCGUCAGAAGACCCAGGAGGAAGGGGACGAGAGGGCUGAGGCGGAGCAGGAGGCCUACCUGCGUGAGGACUGAGCGCUGGAGCCGUUGCCCACAUCUGCUGGGUCAGCCUGAGGAGAGCAGGGGUGGCCACCAUCCGGCCCAAGGGCAGCAGGGCCUUCUCUGCACCAGAGGCGGUGGCACAUCCUGCCCUGGCCCAUGAGGGCCUUAGUGAGCUGUGAGUGCCUGGCCUCUCACCCCUGUGGACCUGGCUCUUUGCCCUGGGGCACUGCACCCUGUUUAACAUUUGACCCCACUCAGCAAGCUCUCCGCUCAGCCAUCUUUUUACCUCCCACCCAGAGCAUCUCGGCAUCCUAGCCAGAGAGAAGGGUCCUUGUUUGUCACACCCACAAGUUCGGUAGCUGUUUAACUUCCGUUUCCAAUCUUACUCAUAUUUUCAAAUAUGAUUUAGUCUUUGCUCCCUCCA